CAUUCUCACUGAUUACAGGCAACCCUUUGUGGUCCCCUUCACUUGUAAUAUUGGUCAGCUGGUAUAAAAUAAAUUCUGGGUUUCGAGGUUCGGGCUCCACUCUGGACACAGGUAGCCGGGAACAUCAGAAGUCCCCAGAGUAAAACAAAAUGAAGGCUGUUUUGACAACUCUGUUGGUAUCGCUCUGCGUUGGCGCCAGUCUGGCCGGUGGAUACGGCAGCGGAGGUGGAGGCGGAUAUGGUGGAUACGGCGGAUACGGGGGAUACGGUGGCGGAUACAGCGGAUAUGGUGGCGGAUACAGCGGAUAUGGUGGAAGCGGCGGAAAGGGAUACGGAAAAGGUAAAGGCAACGGCUAUUCCACCGUUAUCUAUUAUCCCGUGGCCCAGGACUAUCCCGUCCCUGUCCCUGUAGACGCUUUCGGCGGAUUUGGAGGGGGAUUCGGAGGUGGAUUCGGGGGCGGGUUCGGUGGAUACGGGGGCGGAUUCGGUGGCGGAUUCGGAGGCGGUUUUGGGGGUGGACUUCCCUAUGGUGGUCUUGGGCUUGCGUUAAACUCGGUCCAAAACCAAAACCAGAUGGGACUCUUCGGUGGUGCCGGUGGUCAAAGCACUCUCGGUGGAGCCUUCGGACUAGCGCUCACUGCCAGUAACCCCCUUCUGGGGGGUCUCAUUACCGCGGGGUCAGGAUUCCCCGGCCUCGGUCUCAUCGGAGCCCUCGGUUGAUCGUCGAAUUUCAGUCUGGGUUAGAAUCCACAAAUACUUUUUAAGGGAUUUUCUGCUUCGCGCAUCGCAAAAGAGAGGUAUCGAAGUUCUGUCACCGCCCAAAUUUGUUUCUAUUUGUAUACAUACUACUGAUGCAAUAAACCAUAGUGUCCUUUUA